UCUAUACCUAUAGUUACAAUACAGUUCAAUUUUCAAUUCAGUUUUCAUUGAAACUUCGCCAAGUGUUGAAGUGCUUUAACAUUUUCCAUUUCUCUUGUGAGAAAAAGCUUCAGUAAAAAAAAGCAAAUAAAAAGUGGGAAAAAAUGGUUCUCCAAAUUAAAGAUGCAGAUCACUUGAAAGGCCAACUCACUGAAGCUGGUAAUAAACUUGUGGUAAUUGAUUUUUUUGCAACAUGGUGUGGACCUUGUAAAUCGAUAUCUCCGAAAAUAGAGGAAUUUUCCCAGGAAUACACUGACGUUGUUUUUGUCAAGGUCGACGUCGACGAGUGCGAGGAAGUUGCCUCUGAAUAUGACAUAACCAGCAUGCCAACGUUUAUCUUUAUUAAAAAUGGCGAAAAGUUGGAAACCGUCGUUGGCGCGAAUGCGGAAAAAAUUAAGAACACAAUUUUAAAACAUCGAGCAUAAAAUGAAGAAAAAUUAUUGCCCACUUUUUUCUAGGUUUCUGUUAAUAUUUUUGUUAUAAAAAGAGAUUUUUUCCAAAAAAAAAAAAUUUUUUUUUAAAAAACAAGAAGAAAUUUGUUACGUAAAGUUAGAAUUUUGAAAAAAAGAAACGACUUUGUCCUUUUUUUAUUACUUAAUGCAAUUUUUUGCCUUUUUAAUGUGAGCAUUUACAGCAAACUGCCUUUUCAUCGACAAAAAAAAAACAAUAACAAUAAAAAUUUCCACUUUUCGUUAGAUAAAUAAAUAAAUAAAUAAAUAAAUAAUAUAUGUGUGUAAUUAGCGAAAUUGUCCGUUUGCUUCGACGCCAAUUUAAAUAACUAUUUACAAUAUUGCAUAUAAAUAAAUGAAAAAUAAAUAAAUAUAAAUGUUACAGUUUUUGGCCUCGAUAAA